CAAGAACAUGACGGCUUUCUAGCCGUUGCUAUAUAGCUGAAUACCGCAAGAAACAACUUCUUGUGGCCAUGAGCUGAACAAAUCUUCCAUGGAUGAGGCGGAACUCAACAGUCUGGUGGUGAAAGCAGUGUUGAAGGCCUUACCUGUCAGGUGGGUGCCAUCACGCAGCUUCCUUACAGCAAGCGUUCAGAUCGUGCAGUCCUUGGUGGAUGCGUGGCUCGCAGUGCAGUCCUCGAGCGAGUUCCAGGACCUCAAGCAGGCGCGAUCGCUCUACUUGCCUCUCUUGGCUAGCUUGGUGGGUGAUGCGUGUGCCACUGCAUGGUGGCAGGAUGCUGAGGAGUUCCAGGUGCCAACGUCUGCACCAAGGAGAGAAUUGCUGCAAGCCAUAGCCACCAUACUUGGCAGAGGGCGGAGCCUUCCAGGCAACGAGGCUGGCGGCGCCUGGGUCUGCUGUGCCUUGGAGGAUCUGGUGGGCUCCACCGUGGUGGCGCUCACCGCCAAGGCAACCCCACGACCGACCACAGGGCGACCUCCUUCGCGCCAGCGACCUCCAACAAGUGAUUUCCGGCCGCCUUCACGCGUGGGAGGUGCCACGGGCACGAAGUUUCAGCAGGGCAUGGAUCGCUUGGACCGCUUCAAGUUGCUGGGGAUCAAGCAUUUUGUGACAGCUGCAAAGGCAGAUCCGGACCUGCAGAAUUGCCCUCUUGUUGCCACCUGCUUGGCAGAUGUGGCCACAGGGCUGGCACCCUACUUGGAAGUGGAGUUUUUGCUGGGGAGCGUAGCAUACCGAGACCGUUUGGUGGCCUGGGCAUCGCAGGAAGGCCAGGGUCAAGAAGGCCCAGGCUUCCAAGAGGCCAUUUCACAGGCCAUGAAGGUCAGCAGCGCAUCAGUUGCUGGGCAGCCAGGACAAGAUCCUUCAGGACCUCUACGCCAAACAGGACCUCUACGGCUAGCGCAGCGGAAGGUCAGCCAGGAAAAACCUGGUCCUUCAGCUGAGAGUACAGACCGCCGAUCUGGGCGCAGAAGCUCCUGGCUCCCUCAGGCCUUCGUUCAGAGCUUCAAUGCUGAAGGUGAAGAAGUUGAAGGAGUCGAAGGAGUCGAAGAUGAAGGUGCAGCUGACCAUGUGCCAAAGCCAGAGAGUGAUUGUGCAAAAAGAGACUAUAUCGGCAGGUCCACCUUUGUUGACUUAAUGGGCAAUGGUUUUGGCCAUGCAGAGCGGGCUUUUGUGCAGAGUGCAACAAGUAUAUCAUGUGGCCUUUGGGUGUGCAGCUCCCUACCUGGUGGGCAAAAGCAGAUAUAGUGUAAAGGCAGCUACUAGCAAGAAUGCUACUAGGAGUAAUGCCCUUUGUUACUAGUUACUAGUAGCGAUGCCCUUGCUCCUAGUAGGUUCUCGUUACUAGUAGUAAUGCCAGAAGCUAGUGGCUUCUUGUUUAUGUAAUUUGCACUUAGCCAGAUAGCCACAACAUUGCCAAUCCAUUUGUUCAAUCUAAUCUAGUCAAGAUCCGUCAGCUGGACUAAACCAAUUCUUGGUUGUCCUUGCAGGAUGCCACAGUUCUGAGAAGCUGACUGUAGCUCAUUGUCACUGACUCGUGUUGACCUGACGGGAUGCCCGGGAUGCCAGAGGC